AAUUUUGAGCAUUAAAGACACAAACUUUAGGGAUUAGUAAUACCUCCGCAGAGAGAAUUGUCAUCAAAGAGCCAAACACGCAGUCGAGUUUCGACCUUUGUUUAAACCUCUCCGGUUGGUUUUAUGUCGGCCUCUCUCUCAUCUCUCUUCUCUGCUCGCAUCCAAUUCUUUAUUAUUAUUGCUAAUUUCCUGUUCGCAUACAGAGAAUCAAUUAUUUGCUAAAAAAUUAAAAAAGAAAAAAUUGUUUAUACCAGUUGUAUGGGCGAUCAGUGACGGAGGGGAAGCAGCUGCAAUCUUUUCGACAGUAUACUUUUCCAGACUUGCGCACGGAUUUUCCGGCGAUUCGUUCCGAGUUCUGUGCCGCCGGCUUGAUCCGGCAAGGUUUCUAUUUUUGGUAAAUUUCUUCUCCGGUGGGUUUAGGAUUUCAGUAUUUUUCCGGCCGGUGGAGGUCGGGGUUGGAUGGGGUUGGUUUGCUUAGGGCGUCGCUUUCCCAAAUUGAGAGUGGGUAGCGUUUUCUUGGAGUCGAAACGAAGGUUUUCAGCUAAGAAUGGUGUUUGUGUUGGGAUGAAAUGGGGGGCUGCUGUUUUGGUGUUUCUUUAAUUAAAUUGGAUCGAAGCAGUUUGUUUGAUUGAUACUUUGAUUUGGUGUCGAUUUUAUUGCUGUUUCUGCAUUUUGAGGCUGUCUGUUAGCUUCAUCAAUCGUGAAGAUAAAUUGGUGAAUGUGGUUUUGAGUGAAGAUUGUGAAGUGGAUUUUGCAGCAAUGAAGGUUCCUCCUGGUGGAGUUUCAGCAAAUUCUGGAGAAGGGGAAAAGAAAGUGAUCAAUUCGGAGUUAUGGCACGCUUGUGCUGGCCCGUUGGUGUCUUUGCCGCCGGUUGGAAGUCUCGUCGUCUAUUUCCCUCAAGGCCACAGCGAACAAGUGGCGGCGUCUAUGCAGAAAGAGGCCAACAGCAUCCCAAGCUAUCCCAAUCUUCCUUCCAAGCUUAUCUGCCUGCUGCACAAUGUCACUCUACACGCUGAUGCUGAAACCGACGAGGUCUAUGCUCAGAUGACUCUUCAGCCAGUGACCAAGGUUUGUCGAUAUUGUAAUGUUACAUGUCCUAACACGUCGGUUGUCUUAGCUAUGCUAACUUUCGUCACAUCUAUCGUACAGUAUGACCAGGAAGCCUUGCUCGUUUCCGAUAUUGGGCUUAAGCACAGCCGACAGCCUACUGAGUUUUUCUGCAAAACUCUUACGGCAAGCGACACAAGCACUCAUGGUGGUUUUUCUGUUCCUCGUCGAGCAGCUGAGAAAAUCUUCCCGCCUCUGGAUUUCUCAAUGCAACCUCCUGCUCAGGAGUUAACUGCAAGAGACUUGCACGACCAAGCGUGGACGUUCAGGCAUAUCUAUAGAGGCCAGCCAAAGCGACACCUUUUAACAACUGGUUGGAGUGUUUUUGUGAGCUCUAAAAGACUUACAGCCGGCGAUGCCGUACUUUUCAUAAGGGACGAGAAGUCGCAGCUUCUUCUGGGAAUUCGGAGAGCCAACAGACAGCAGCCUGCGCUCUCGUCGUCUGUCAUAUCGAGCGACAGCAUGCAUAUCGGAAUUCUCGCUGCUGCGGCGCACGCAGCUGCCAACAACAGCCCGUUUACCAUAUUUUACAAUCCGAGGGCUAGCCCUUCCGAGUUUGUCAUUCCGCUUGCUAAAUAUAAUAAAGCAAUGUAUACGCAAGUCUCGUUGGGAAUGCGGUUUCGGAUGAUGUUUGAGACAGAGGAGUCGGGGGUCCGAAGAUACAUGGGUACAGUCACCGGUAUAAGCGACUUGGACGCUGUCCGGUGGAAGAAUUCGCAGUGGCGUAAUCUUCAGGUUGGUUGGGAUGAAUCGACGGCUGGGGAACGUCCGAGUCGAGUCUCCAUUUGGGAAAUUGAACCUGUUGUCACGCCCUUUUACAUAUGCCCGCCGCCUUUCUUCAGGCCUAAAUUCCCCAAGAAUCCGGGAUUUGGAGAUGAUGAUGCUGAGAUCGAUAAUAUGUUCAAGCGAGGCAUGCCUUGGCUGGCGGAUAACUUAGGAUUCAAAGACGCUUCGAGCUCAAUAUUUCCCGGCCUGAGUCUCGUCCAGUGGAUGCAGCAGAACAAUCAGAUGUCAGCAAUCCCAAACAUGGUCUCGUCGGCGGCUCUGCAGAGUAACUUUCUUGCAGCUGACGAUCACUCGAAGCUCUUGAACUUCCAAUCCCCGGGCUUGGCUGCCUCCAACCUUCAGUCGAGCAAAGGAAAUCUUCAAAACCAACUCCUGCAGUCGCCGUGGCCCCAACAAAUGUUGCCGUCUCCAGCAAAUACACAACAACAAGUUCAACAACAACGACAACAGUUGCAGCUGCAGAAUCCUCAACAGUUACAGCCGCAGCAGUCGCUCCCAAUGCCUUCUACGACCGGCGCCAUGGCUUCCGACCAUAUUACGAGCCAAAGUAUGCAGCAGAUGUCGGGAUACUCCCAAAUUCAGCCGCAACCGAUGCUACCAGGAAAUGGGCAAGCGCAGCAAAACGAUCUCUCGACCAACAGGGCUACGUUCCCCAUGGUAUCCGCACCUCAGGACAUGUCUUUCCAGCAGCACGCUGAGCAGCCCUCUAGCUUGAUUCGGAGACCUCAGGAGCCGCAGCCGCAACUGCAACGAGCCCAAUUAGAGGCGCUGCAGCAAAGCUUGGCGCCGAGGCCUCAACUCCAACAGCCGACGCAACAGUGUCUUUCAGAGCCGCAGCUGCAACUGCCGCUUCUGCAGAAACCGCAACCGCAAAUGCAACAGCAGCUGUCGUCGGCAUUAAAUCCGUUGCUCGAGCCUCAGCUGCCGCAGAAACAGCAAGCUCAACAAGGCCAGCAGAUGCAGCAUUUUUCCCUACCUCAACAGCAGUUAAGCGGGGGCUUCUUUUCCGCGCCGACAGACGUGCAGUCGCCGAAGUUUCUAUCGAACCAGUUUCAUUACCAGCAGAAGACGCUUCCGAUUGCUCGGGCGCACUCUGGGCGCACCGAUGGGGAUGCCCCUUCAUGUUCGACAUCGCCUUCUAGAAGCAAUAUGCAGGUUUCUCAGACAAACUUCCUGAGGAGCCAGUCGGGGGCAGCCGCGGUAAUUGAUAAUUCGGUUAUCAAUCCUCCUAGUCUGAUGCAAGAGAGUCAUAGAAAGCUCGAUGUUCGAAUAAAACAGGAACUGCCCAACAGUAAAGCGCCGGAGCCGCAGCCGAAUUACAGGAUUUCCGGUACCGAUCACAUGGAAGCCACGUCGUCCGCAACUUCUUAUUUGGACACUGCAGGUCUCCACCAGAGUUUUCCGCUGGCUGGAUUGGACGGCGAUGUUCAAUCGCAUACCAGAAGCGGUCUUGCUUUUGCCUCUGGAAUCGAUGGUUUGGCGCCGGAUGCUUUGUUAUCGAGGGACUACGAUUCAGGGAAGGAUAUCCAGAACUUACUUUCCAAUUACAGCGCAACUCCCCGUGAUUUCGAGACAGAGUUAUCUUCGGGAAUCAAUUCGCAGUCGUUUGGGGUGCCGGCGAUGUCUUUUAAACCCGGCUGUUCAAGCGACGCCGCUGUCAAUGACCCAACUGUUCUGAACGGCGGCGGGCUGUGGCCCCCAAAUCAAGCUCAACGUAUGCGAACGUACACAAAGGUUCAAAAGCGCGGCUCUGUGGGGAGAACCAUCGACGUCAACCGAUACAAAGGGUACGACGAACUUAGGCAUGAUCUUGCACGCAUGUUCGGCAUCGAAGGGCUACUGGAAGAUCCGCAAAGAAAUGAGUGGAAGCUCGUCUACGUGGACCAUGAGAACGAUAUAUUACUCGUUGGAGAUGAUCCCUGGGAGGAGUUUGUGAGCUGCGUUCAGAGCAUCAAAAUACUUUCCUCGGCCGAGGUUCAGCAAAUGAGCUUAGACGGAGAUCUCGGUCAGCAGCUGCCCGUUCCGAACCAAGCUUGCAGCGGAACUGACGGCGGGAAUCCAUGGCGAUAACGCGGCGACAAUUCUAAGUAAGAUCUUGUUACAGGUAUUCUCGAUCGUUUGUCUGUUUUCGAUGUAGAGACUACUAACUGAUGGUUGAAGUAGCCGAAUCACGAGCAAUUUGGUGUAUAAUUCGCUCGAGAUUCUGUCGAAUCGAAAGUCGAUGUUCGAGCCGAGUACUUACUAGAAUGUAUAUGAUAACACGAUUGCUCGAGCGUGAGAUUCGUUCGAUAGAUAUGUUUUUCAAUGGGAAACUUAAAAGUCUGAGUGUUUGUUGUGUAGAUAGGUUCGUGAAUUCGAUUCAGGAGUACAAUCAAUUAUUAUGUCAUAUGUUUGUGAGUAGAUAAUUUUGUAAUGUCCCACGAAUACUGUAAGGAAGGAAUCGAAUCGACUGUCGUUUCUUUCGUUUAA